AAGAGUCUCAUUAUGACUUUCUCCACCUCCGUGUCGGUUAUUCUUUUGAUCUCAGCAAUUAGUUGUUGGGCAACAGCAUUUGGCGGCUUGCGAGAGGAUCUCAAGGAUUUCGUAGCCUUGGUUCCACGUCGCAGAAUUGGUUUUAUUGCCGCCAGAUACUAUAUCUUCGACCCGAAGUUUCGCCAGGCAGUGGAGUUUGUUCGCAGCGAUGAGUUCAUAGCCACUUGGCAGCAAGUUCGUGCCACUCCGGAUUUCGUGAAUAUUAUUAACUAUGUGAGCGAUUACGGUUCUGGCUACGACAUUACCACACUGGUGGACAGCUUGCCAACACGUUUGCGUGCCUAUCAACUGUCGCGGACUGUACCAGUGGAACUGAUGCUGCGACGCGACCUGAACACCUUCCUCUGGGAUGUUAUUCAUAGUUUACCCAGGACCAGAAUCUAUUCCUUGAUAGCACAGAAAUCGAAACAGAGCACUGAAUUCGCCAAACUCUACAAGGCUUUGAGGGAUAAGGAGUUCAAGGAGCUGGUGCAGCGUGCCAGACUUUCCAGAGAUCUUCAGGCGCCCAUAAAAAAGUUGAGUCAGAAGAGCAUCAACGUGGAUGAAAUACUUCAAAUCGUAUUUGAGGUAAUCAGUUGGGGUCCCAAGACGUCCUAG